CAUACAACACUACGUUUCCUCAUGGCGUAUCGCUGGCUCGCUCAUCAUCGACUGAGAUAAAAUGGCGACCGAUUUAUCUUCUUCAAUUCCUCCAACAUCGCCACGUCACACGGGAAAUUUCUCCAGAAUGGGUGCGUGGGAUGCGGAAGAAGAUGCGCAAAAUUUGUUCCAGAAACAUUCAGUUGUCGAAAUCAGGGAGUUGGAAAAAAGAGCGAGAGGUGAUAUUGAGAGGAAGAAGGAAGAAUUGCGGCUCAUGGUUGGUGAAAGGUAUAGGGAUCUUAUUGAUGCAGCUGACACCAUCCGUGAAAUGAAGGAUUGUUCUGACAAGGUAAAUGGAUCAAUCAGAACCAUCCAAGGAAACUGUAAACAGCUCUACCAAACACAUCAGUCGCGGGGAGUGUCAGGAGAGGUGGCAACACCAUCAACAGUAAACCAACCUAAAGGAAAGUUCUAUUCUGUGGCAUCACAAAUGAAACUACUUGUUGACACUCCUGAAAAGCUGUGGAAUGCUUUGGAAAAUCAUGAAUACCUCAAAGCUGCCCAGCUUUAUCUUCUUGCUCAGAACAUUGUCAGUAGUUUGCAUAUUGACACAGGAGGCAACAACCGUUCAAAGCUCUUGACAUCGUUUCCUAUUCUUCCUCAACAAUGGUCGUCGAUCAGCCACUUCAAAGACUCCAUCCUUCAGGGAAGCCGCAAAUUGCUUCGAGAUUACACGCAAUCGGAGCAGACAAUCGCUGAAUGUUUAUGUGCCAUCAUGUUCCUGGAGGAUAGUUCCCCACGUCAAGUAUUCAAUGAAUUUCUUCUUGCACGCCAGGUUUCGUUACAAGAACUCUUUCACCCGAGUCAGCAAGCUACUGGAAUCAAGAUCCAACUAUGCGAGGUGGCCCGGUUGAUAAUGUCCAGUCUUUAUCAAACGUUUGUUUUGUUCAGUUCUGAGGAUGCAACGCCGUCUGAAUCAGAAAACCCACCGUCAUUGCUAUUUGACACAGUCAACAAGAUCACAUCAAGAAACGAAAGCUCGUCUUCCGAAGGAGACCUUCUCAAACAACUGUUUGGACAAGAAUUUGAUUUGACCUUACUUAGGCAUUUGCCAACGUCUGUCGUUGGAUUUCGGCCUCGCGUUCGAAGCAUUUCGAAUUUCAUUCCGGCUGAUUAUAUUCAGAGCAACUGUAAGACCUGGUUCCAAAAAUGCGUUGAAGAUGUUAAGAAAAACUUAGGAGAUUUUCUACAAUACGUUGGGACUUUGAAAGGGCUUGCAUCCAUCCGUGAUGCGAUAUGGGAACUAAUGAAUCCGACGCUGGAAGACCGUGCAAGUUCUUACCAUAACUCUUUACUGAGACAAUGGGACGCAGUAACUGACAGAUGCCUCGGGAGCUCCUUGUCUUUAUGGCGAGAGCUUUUCAAAGAUGAGUUUGUUUCACGCUCAAAGGCGAUAUUACAUGGCCAACUCGAGGCUAUGGCGGAUUCGUGCAAAACUUCUACUACAAAAGCUUUGGAAGACUUGGCUUCCAAAGGAUCUAAGCCAGACCCUAGCGUCUUAUGGGAACGAGAUCUAUCUUUGUACGUUUGGCACGAAAGUCUGGGCGAUUUACCAGCAAAGACUGGGAAGCAGUUCGAGAAUGAGGCAACCCGCAAUGAAGGUGGACUCACGUUUAAAACCAAAGCCUGCACGCCUGUGAUUCAAGGAUUGUGUGGGUCACUGAACUCUCGUCUUGGUCAUAUACUGGAUGAUGCCGGCUAUUUCAUAAGAUUUGCGAGAAACGAUGAAAGUGCUGACGUCAACAAAUCCGGAAUCCAAACUCCUCAAUCCAGGCAAAACUCGUUCCACGAUCAUGAAGAAGGACCAUUUGACCGAUUUGGAGAAUCGAAAACUCUCGAAGAUUUCUUGCAAACAACUUGUUCGGAUGCCAUUAAAAAUCUUCUCUCUCAUUUUAACUCGCUUCUUGAGGCGCACGAGGACGAACUCAAGAAAUACCCGUGGGAGAAAACAAGAUUUGGAGCAGAAACUGAAGAAUUGGUCCUUGCUGUUGAUAGAGUUCUUCUUCUUGCAAGACUGUGUCGGGGUCUUGCAGAAAACUGCUCGAACAUUGGAGAGUUAAUGGGAGAGAAAAAAGAAGAAAAAUCUCGUAAAACCAGAUACCAAAAGACUUCGCAUCGCAAAAGAGAAAGAUUACUAAGCAACAGAUUGCAAGAAAUCAAAGAGCUUUUAAAAGAGACCUGUACGAAGGCAUUUGGAAUCUGGUCACAAUGGGUUUCCACGAUGUUCCAAGUAUCAUUUGAUAUAUUUUUACUUCACGACCAAAACCCGAACUCUCUUCUCUCCGCAACGAAUUGGGAUGAAAUUGUUAUUGAUGAAGAGACAGAAUCAGGCCAAAAGGUUCAUUCAUCUAUUUACGUUCCCUCGCAGAUUUCAUCGUACGUGACCAGUCUUUUGUUCAGCCUUUGCGAGGAAAUCAACCGGGUGGGUGGACACGCCAUAGACAGGUUCAUUUUACGCGACUUGGUUCAAGGGCUGAGCGACAAUGUAUUGAGAAGUUACGAGAAACUUCUGGACCGACACAAGGAUGAAAAUGUUAUCGAUCAAAAUCGAGCUUUGCAAACCUUGUUCGACUUUCGGUUUUUGUCAUCAGUUUUUGGGGACCGUUCCAAAAGCGAGGAUAAUGGUUCGUACAAAUCAAGAUAUGAAAAAAUCGUUGAGACUUUGGAAGAUAUUGUUGAUCCAUUUGACUUAAAUGUUUUCUCACCGUACAUCAAUAGUAACCUAAAUAAACAUCUACAACGGUGUGGGGUUCUCUAUGGUGUUCUCCUGAAUAUUGACAAACAUAACCAGUUCUAUGGAAUGCCUCAGAGACCAGGACGGGGACCACAAGACCAACACAACGUCAUGCCUAUUGCUAUCAAUCCAGUUAGGUUCACAUUGUUACCGCUCAGUUCACAUCACACCGAGAAACACGAACCACAUAACAAACACGUCGAUGACGCUUUGGAUGAAAUGAGGACAUUCAACAUUCCAUUUUGUAAGCAUCAAGAAUUUCUAAUGAAAGAAAUACUCUUAGAUAAGGCGAAUGAUGCGUGCUGACAAACGGUAGGAUGUUAGUUACCCUGUGUUGGCAUGUGAUGCAACUUGUGCUAUCUGUAUAUACAAUAUACACCGCUCUAAUCUCUAUACAUAAUCUAUAUAUAAUAUAGAGAGUCAAAUCUCUACCAAUAUACUUAAUUUGUAUCGUGUUUCAAACAAAACUCUCUAACCAUCCCCAAACCAUCAUCCUAUUAAACCUCCUUAAAUAGAUAAUGAUAAAAUAGUUUUUAAGUAGAAAAUGGACGUUGAAUGAGUCGACAGAAUUCGUUCCAAGCGUCCCUUUGUGCAAAAAAACGGUGAUUCGUGAUCUAUUUUUUUUCCCGCAAUUCUAUUGAAAAGCAAUUCAAAGCCAAUAUAUCCGCAAUGUUUUAAAAACAGGCAAUUAUCGCUUGCUUAUCGUUUACGCUUAAUGGCGUGUUUUAUGCGGUUGUCAUGACGACCGUAACCUCAUAAACCAAUUGAAGGAGACAUCUUUGUUAGUCAUUUGCGUCCAAAGCUUGCCGCCAGUCAAUAAUGCUGCAAUUAUUUUUUUUAUUUCAAAUGAUUAUAAAACGUCUUUUAAACGUUUUUCGUCUAUUUUUGGAGGCCGAGGAAGGAUUUACAGGUCGACGGACUUUGCCGUAGCCCGCGGUAUCUGACUUAACCGGCUUGCGGGAUCUCGCGUGAAUUUAUGCGCGCGCCUAAUAAUGAAAUGUCAAAUUGCUCGAAAUUUUCUUCCAACCGUGAUAACUAACUGUCCAGUGUAUAUAUAAACAAAGAUAUAUUUAAUGAUGAUAAUUGUUGGGAAACUGCCUUUGAAUGUGCGAAUAAAAUUCGCCUCAAAGUCGGCAAGGGACGAUAAAGUCUCGUUUUCUUUGAGUUUAAAUAAAAGAAAGCCAAGCACUUCAACUGAUUGUCACGUCGAUUCAAACUGGGCCGUAAAUUAAAUUUCGUGCCCUAAGUCUUUGGUAAACAGACUCGCAAAAUGAUCAAAAUAUGACAGCGAGUUUAUUAGAUAAUAUGACAGAAGUGAAAGUCGGCGUUUUCUUGUGUUCAAGUGCUUGAAGUGGCGAAGUCUUGUGGGUGGAUUUAAAUGAAAGAUAACGCAGGCAAAAGAUUGGCAAAAGGUCAAGCGUUUGUGUAAUUAAAAUGCGGAGGAAAUUCGACUUUUACUGCAUUUGUUUAAUGGGAAAUAAUGUCUUCCUAUUUUUGAAAGAGUCUCAAAACAAAAUCGCCCUUCACCUGUUGUGUGAGAGGAAUUCGAGUUAAAAUGAAAAUCAGACAGACUCUGUAUGGGGUUCAUAUUACUGCAUUGCAUAUCACUUUGACAUGCUUACAUUUAAAAUUGGAAAAUUUUCAUUUAACUUACUUAAAUAUUUAAUCCUCAAAAUUAGUACCUUAAUUCCAUUUUAAUAAACGGUCUCUUAAGGUCUUAUUACAUUUAACUAGUUUUCUGGAUUUAAUGAAAUUCGUUUAAUCAAAGUCUUAGCCAACAGCACCGCAGUCUGCAUUCAAGCCCGGCAUGAUUUCAAUGAAAUGUUAUAGUUUGGGAUAGGGAAGUGUUUUGACCGAUAAAUGUUUCGUAAAAGUUUGAAUUUGCUAGCGCAAUGUUUGGACAUCAAAAUAGCGGAGAAUAGGAGAGUUACUGUCGGUAUACAGUUUCAAAUAUAUGUGGAUUUUCUAGGAAUUGGCGUAAAUAAUAUAUCUGAACCUGACUAGAAAGGUUAUAUAUAAACAGAAAGGGUCAUUUUAGGUUGAUUAACAAUGCUGAGAUACGGCAAUUUUUGGCCGCAUUAUACCUCCCUACACGUCUAAAAUUACCUUCACAAGAGUUGCACUAAGUCGAAUAUCACAUGUAAACCCUGUUUUUCUCGUAAAUACUUCGUCAAAUACCAUUCAUGCACGACACAGUAAUCUGUCACCAGCAUGGCAAUGACUGUUACAUCUUAGAUAAUACAAGCACAUGCGAACCAUUGUGUAGAAACAUUUAUCUGUCAAAACUGAUACCAAGAAACGUGCAAGCUACCUGUAUGUAUAGCUAGGUCAAGCCAUUACCUGCACAACACGUGUUUAAUUGUUUCACACCUUCUUAGAACCGUUUUACGCGCUUUUUGGCGCUUCGAAAAUAUACGUGUAAAUUGGCUUUUCCGCGUGGUGUGCAACGUUAUCACUAAGAUAUAUAGCGUCAGGUUUUGAUGAAGAGCAGUUUGCGAGCUUGCUCGUCCUACUUGUCAAAGGCUACAAUAUUCUAAAGGUCUUUAUGGUCAGGGGUAUAUCCCGUUAUGCAAAUCACCAUGUCUAUCAACGCUGAGGAAUAUGUGUAUGCACUUCGACCUGUUUCUAGCAAUCAACGUUGACAUCCUCUCGCGAUAGCCACGCGGGCAAGUGGUGGCUCAAAGUGCGUCGCAACACCUUGCUGUCUUCAAUUAAAACAUUCGUGCAUUGGCAACUUCGAGCAGACAAAAUAAAUAGCAAUUACGUUCAAUUGCAAAGGGAAGUCGGAAUAGACUGAAAUUACAAUGCGUGGCGUGUCAAGUCGACACUAUUUUGAAAGAAUUUAGCUUCUCCAUAACGUUAACUAAUUAUCCAAUUUAAAUUUACAUUAGAAUACCUUGUGGUUUGCAAUUGUCUCAUGAAUAAUUGCUUGAAAACAUUGGAAUGCAAGUUAUUUCCAGAGGCAAAAAAGCUCCAACACACAGUUUGAUAACAAGUUAUUUUUAAUCGGCAAAACUUAAGAGUUGAAGUCGCGAAUAUAUCAACCGUCAAUAAAGGGCCCGACAUUUUCCUUUACGUACAUUUAUAUAAAUAUACAUGUUACAUACAAUUGUGUCUAUAUAUAUUUCAAUGAAACGUUUCUUGCCAAAAGAGAAACUACAUCGCUUGGUACUGUUGCAAAGUAUUACAUUUGAAAGAAACGAUUUUGCGCGCGAAAGAAAUAAUGAUACAAAUCUCCGGAAUGUUAGUGACGAACGUUGGUAAUUUUUGCCGGCAUAACUUUAGCUCUUGAAUGAUUGCGAUUCAAAAUGGCUAGGAAUAAAGAGGCGUUUCGCUCAAGUGACAAAGAUUACAUGGGCGAAAACAUAUUACAGGAAUUGUUAGCAUAAAUGAUGAUUUGGCACAUUUUCUCCUCUUAAAUUGCCAGAACAUGAAUGAUAUCUCAUGAUGAUAGGGAAGUAGAUUGAGUUUGAACUUCUGAAAAAGAUAAACAAAGCGAUGCUAACUUCAUAAAACUGUUUCGAGUUUAUUUUCUUGAACGCGAUCCAAGCUUAUUGAAAUAAUGACUUUGAAAAGGAAGUCUCUGGUAAAAUCUUUAUUAACAUUAUAAUAUCCGUGUAUAAAUUGUGGUGCGUAAUUGCCAACUCACAAUGAUCGCUGAA